AUGACAGAAAUGGAGAAAGAAGUCCUGCUCGAAGGAAAGACAGUUGUUCACAGAAGAAACCAAAGUCGAGAGCGAGAAGAGAAUAGGGUAAGUAUAGUGUUGUAAGGCCCGGUUCAAACGUCGAACUUUACUUGUGCCGAACCUAACACCUAUUUAGGUCGACCCAAACUAUUACUGUUCGACUGUUGAUUCAGACGGUCGAACUUUAUAUGUGCCGAACCUAAUUCGUGGCGACAAGAAAUAUCAUCCUUACUGCUUAAAAUAGGGAAAUAAACUGAAAAAAGUAAAAUCCACCAAGCCUGGAAAUUCUUGUUUUGAUUUUCAUGUGAUUUGUGCUCUGUUAUGGCAAGGAGACAGGUGAGGAGAUCGUGAUCGUGAUAUUUGGACAAAAUAAAGUAACGCAAUAAAUUAUAUUACGAUUUAUUCAUGGAUAUAAAGAAAAGCAACUUUUUGGAAGAUCGUUUUGAGCUGUCCAGUUUCAGUCUAAAAAUCUACAACGUGAAUGCUGGUAACCAGACAGCCCGGGGGGGUACUGCCAUAUAUGGGCUAUAUAGGUAUGUGCCGCUGUGAAGGGUAUGGUUGUCAAGCAGUUUACUCUAGGAUAGGGUAGAUAAAUCAGAGCGUUUGGCUCUAGAAUAGGGUAUCAUUUUUCAGGAAACUGAUCAGUUGGUAGAAGAUUUUAUCUAGACUAGGUACACAGCUACUCUAGGAUAGGGGGAUUCGGGGAGUUUACUCUAGUUUAGGGUGGCAAAAUUCAGCUGAACUAGCUCUGGUAAAGGUUAAGGGUUCCAGGCUCCCAGCGGCACAUCCCCACCCAGAAAUUCCUAAAGUGCCCCCGGGCCAGACAGUAACCGUCGUUACGCUUCUGUGAGUUCUGUCAGAACAGGCGCGAAAACCCACUAAAUAGCAAAUCAGAAGUGCGCGGUUAUAUUGAAAAAUACGCUAACAUAAUUUAUGCAUUAGGUUGUGCACAUGUGAACUACGACGUAUGAAACGAAGUCGAUCUUUUGCCGCUUGUCGAAUAGAACGGCAGAGUCGACCCAAAUACAAAAGUGCCGUUCCUAAUUGAUUCAUACGUCGAACUUUACAUGUACCGAACCUAAUAAUUAGGUUCGGCAGAUGUAAAGUUCCACCGGUUUAAACCGGGCCUAAGUCUCUAGAAAAAGUUCUAGAGGUAUCAUUUUUUGUUCCCUAUAAAUGCGCUGUGAAAAGAUAGCGAAGAUGGAGGCUUUGAACUGGUUAAUUUAUUCAUUGCAUUGGUUUCAACGCGUCACACGAAUCCUCUUGAUUCAUGUACAGAGCGUAGCCGGGAGCGUUAAGGUGGCUCCGUAAUUAAUACGGGCGCUUUUAGCUGUGACGAAGGUUUCGUCAUAACUUUGUUGUUUUUGGAGCGAUGGCUGUGAAACUUUGCAAAGAACAACAGAUAUCAUUCGGCAAUAGUACGAAAUAUUCCGAUUUCAUUGAUAGUAAAUAUAUUUUGCUAAAUUAGGGCUUCAAAGGACCCUUCUGUUCAAAGAAAAUCGCGUCUAGUAAAAAAUUUUGCUGAUAUUUUUUACUGAAAUUUCCUGUAUAGGCUUUAAUCGACAUAAUAAAUAUGCCAGAGGAAUUUCAGAAAAAUCGUUGGAGCAGAAGUCCGUAACUAAAAGUCGCUCAAAAUUCAGCUGUGAAAUUGUUUUGGAAUUUCGAGAAUAAAUUACUAUCAGCUGGUAGAAGGAGCCACCAGUUUGAAUUUUCGGGACAAGUAAAUUCAAUGUUUGCUAAUUCUGAAAACAAAAGCUGAUGCUCCCUAUAGCAUGGCUAUGACUUGUUCCUCGACAUUUUUAAAAUAUCCCUUGUCAGUUUUGCCUCAAACUCCUGUUGCAUAUAUUUUGAUGUAUUGCACCGCAUUUCCAACGACUUUUACUGCUGUUCGUUGCUUCCAACUCAGGAAAAAGGUAUUGAGAUUGGACGCUACCUCGUAUCAGAGCUCAGAUAGAACUGUACAGCACCUUUGUUUAUGACUACAAAAUGAGCACGAGUGGCAGUUCCGCGAGGAAUUCGCACCUCACCCAGGGGGUACGAACGACAAUGAUACCCGUGCCUGUGAACCGAAUUACAUCACAGUGCAAAAUAAAAUUAUCGCAAGAAUAAUGCCCGUGAAUAAAUUUACAACUCUGAAAUUUCUGUUACUCCUUCCUUCAAUGAAUGGGUAGUUUUCUCUUGAUUAUUAUGUUUGUUUGUUCUCGGUUCAACAUAUCAUGUUUAUACAGAUCGGUUUCGCAGACACCUCACCCAGGGGGACGAACGACAAUCCCGUUGCCUCCGAAUUACAUCCCAAAAUAAAAUUAUCGCAAGAAUAAUGCCCGUGAAUAAAUUUACAACUCUGAAAUUUCUGUUACUCCUUCCUUCAAUGAAUGGGUAGUUUUCUCUUGAUUAUUAUGUUUGUUCUGCAAUACAUGUUUAUACAGAUCGGUUCGCAGACAUGGGCAUCAUUGUCAUUCGUCCCCCCUGGAUGAGGUGCGCAUUUUCUCGUGCGCAUUUUCAUCAAAACAAAGGUGCUGGACAGUUCUAUCUGAGCUUCGAUACAAAGUAGCUCACAAUCCCAACACCUUUUUCCUGAAUUGGAAGCAACGUUCAGCAGAAAAAGCCGUUCAGGAUGCAUUGCAAUACAACAAAAUGUAUGUAGCAGGAGUUUGAACCAAAACUGCCGAGAGAUAUUUUAAAAAUGUCGAAGAACAAGUCAUUCGACGUCAGAGCAAGGUUUGGAGCAAUUUAUGGUGCUUCUAAAACUAAAAAGUACCUUUUAAAGAAUAGCACGAUAGGCAAUCAGCUUUUGUUUUCAUUUUUGGCAAACAUUGAAUUUACUUGUCCUGAAAACUCAAACUGGUGGCUUCUUCUACCUGAGCGUAAUUUAUUUUUGAAAUUCCAAAACAAUUUCACAGUUGAAUUUUGAGCGACUUUUAGUUACGGACUUCUGCUCCAACGAUUUUUCUGAAAUUUCUCCGGCAUAUUUAUUAUGUCAAUGAAAGUCCAUACCAGAAAUUUCAGUAAAAAAUAUCAGCAAAAUUUUUUACUAGACGCGAUUUUCUUUGAACACUAAGGUCCUUUUAAGCGCUAAUUUCUCAUGAUCAAGAAAUAUUUACCAUCUAUGAAAUCGGAAUAUUUCGUACUAUUGCCGAAUGAUAUCUGUUGUUCUUUGCAAAGUUUCAGAGCCAUCGCUCCAAAAACGAAAAAGUUAUGACGGAAAAUUUGUCGCAGUUAAAUGCUCCAAUAUUAGUGACGGAGCCACCUUAAGCAAGAAAUUUUCGAAAGGUCACGCACAGUUUUCCAAAUCUACCCAGGCCUGUCUCUCAAAUGGUUUGCAUUCGGCUGACAAGAUUAAAUUCAGUUUGCAUUUCUCCAGGGCUGUUAAUAAGCGGGUCGAUAAGGGCCGCUAUCCGGCCAAAAGAGCCGGCUAGUUAGCCAUCCUUAGCCGGCUACUUCCAUCUCCGUCUACCAUAACCGCUAACAAAAAAUAAGCAGCAUCGAAUAAAAUUUGUAAAGCAUCCGUUUUCCAGUUUUGAAUGACAUUGAACGCAUAUUUAAACAGGAUUAGAUCUGUGAAACGUUCUAACCGUACGACGUCGUGAAACGCUUGGGACAUUUCGACGGUACAUGUGUUUCUAGUCUCGCAUGUAUUCUGACGAAACAACAUGGUGUCGGCGGUGGAGACACCAAAUUUCAAAAUGUCCCAAGAUGCCUCAGCCCUCAAGAACGUGUGCCUUUGGUGCAAGUUCCAAAGCUGCUUACUAUUUAUUCAUCAUCAGCCUUCUACUUUAAAAACUUUUUGAAAGCCCGGAUUUGUUAUCGCAGUCUUGUGAGGUAAACAUCUCAUGGGAUCCGAUUCUUCAGAUCUUCAGGCAACAGUGAAGGCUUACGGGUGUUUGCUCGCAUAUGUGGGGUAAUCUGGGAAAAUACUUAAAUUUGGUUUGAAGAAAAUUUCCGUACAGCUACAUAUGCAUACAUGUUUCAACUCUAUUCACAUAAACAUUGUGAAAUCGCUAAACUAUUUUUAGCAUAUCAACACCUUAAGAAAAAAGAUUGUUUUCAUUUGAGUCAGUUUGACCCGGGGGGGGGUACUCCCCUAUAAAAGUGACGGGGAUGCUCGUCGGAAAAAUUCGAGAAAACCCUCAAAAGUUACCAGAAUCUUGUUUUAUGGGUGUGUUAAUUCAACAAUAACAAAUUAUAUGACUUGCACUGCAAAUUUUAAUAGUAAUACAGAUAACUUUUUGAAAGUGUUGUCAUAAAUCUUUAUCCUAAUAAAGCGUAUUAUCUCUGGCAGCAGUCAAUUUAGGUUUUAGCACCCUAAGCGGUACCAAUCCACAAAUUUAAACCCCUAAAAGGUACGACGAGCACCCCCGUUACUUUUAUAGGGGAGUACCCCCGGGCAGUUUGAAUAGGACCGUUUCAUUUUAUAUCAUAUCCCAAGAGACUAUAAAGCAUAUCCUCAAUCCUUGCCACAUUUUCUGAGGGGUGCGAACCGAAAAUAGUACUUUUUCUGAUGCCUUCUAAGAAUAUCAUUAAAAGUUGAUUUCAGAAUAGGGUUACCAAAGGAAGAUUUUCAGAAGGUGUCCCCUCAUCAACAGGGAAACGCGUGACCAAUUCGCAUGCGGCCUGUUUUGGCGAGCACGAACGCGUGGUUUGCGCCUGAGUUUGGCCUAGCUGUAGAGAUGUGGGUUGUUUAAAAUUUACAUGGGCAAACCGAUGGGUUCACGGUUUAGAUAAAUGGUAAGCUAAAUUCGGGACUGGUAAAUUUCGUCCCCAAAUCGCGUGUACCAUUUGUACAGAUCAGUUCCAUUUACCCCCAAACGGCCGCGAAGGCCUAAAACUGGUUUCCAGUGGCUUUUACGUUUGAACAACGAGACUGCCUUCUCAGAUGUCCUUUGCUCCCGGAAAUUUUCCUCGGGGGGAGAGAAAAAUGAGUCAUUUUUCUCUCUCCCCGCCGCGUGUCGCCUUUUCUCGCGUGGGGUGAUUUUCACUCGCGCUCGCGUGUCACUCGCUCUACUACCCCUGAGGACAAAUGGGGGACUACUCGUAGUCUACCUGGCACUGUUUAAUGCCUUUUUUUGAGCCACAGUUUUUCUCUCUACUGUCAUAUGGGUGAAAACAGUCGCUCGUUUUGCACUCAGUUACAAAUGUAGCUCUUAGCUAGAAUAAGAGUUUGUCUGCUGUACUAUGUCAACAAUUUUUGCCGAUUCGCGAAAUGAGGUGCGAAUAUAUCGACGCAUGGAUAUUAACGGGUUUAUUGUGGUUCUCGAGAAGUUUCUUUUGACUUACAGGUUUAAAAACAAUUGCAUCCGACGGUAGCCUAAGCAGGCGCUUGCCAACGGGAAAGUCAAAUAAUUUUACAGUGGAAUGGUCAGCCAGCGGUUAGCGUGAAAGUGCUUGAUAGUUCCAAGCUUUUCCUUCGCACCCACGGACAAAUGUGACUCAUUGUCAAAUUAUCUGCUGAAUCAUUUACCUCAACUGGCAGAGAUUCUGACACAAUGGUCAAAUUUAACACCUCAACAGGCCAAAAAUACUUUGGUUCGGCGUGGUACCAAAUCCUCAACCAAAACCUCUGUUAUAAUCUGCGUGCUGUGGAAAUUUACUCGUGAUCUCGUCUACGUGCGUUUUACGUGAGGUCAUCGCACAGGAGUGAAUACCUCGGAUAAAAGAAAACCAAUCGACUGCGCAUGCUUCUGAUCUUACAUUCGACACAUUUUGGAUUUUUCCCGCUAUUGUAGAGAAUAUUGUGCUGGCUCGCAUCAGCCUCGUUCCCAGUCGUCCUCGGCGAUUUCGGAUGUGACGUCACCUGUCAAGCUUGUCGGGAAAAUUCGCCUCUGGUCACUCGGAUAGCGCGAACAGGCCUGGGUACGAGACUGGGCUCGCAUAUUUCUCGCCGGCAAAAACUGAAAAUAAGCGAACCGCGAGGCAUCAUGGGAGGUCUAUUUGCACCGUCAGUACCAUCCUUUGCAUGCACCGAAAUUUAAAAAUUGAGAGAGACGUCAGUAUAUAGGUAGCCUGCGUAGCAGGCGCUUGGAAGUAGUGGACACAAGAAAACAAGGCUCGCGUGUCUCCCUCGCGCGCGCCAGUUCUCUCUUUCGCCCACUAAUUCCAAGCGCCUGCUACGCAGGCUAGUAUAUAGGCAGCCACCAUCCAAAGGUAAAGAUUGGAUGGUACGAGAGGUUUUUAACGCUUUGAUUGGAAAAGAAGCCUAUUCACGGACGUUUUUCUUUCUUCUUUUUUUUUUCGACAAUUGUUGUGUGCGAGCUCUUGCUGUAAGUAAAUCCUCCACGGUUUUUGUUUUCAUACGCGCCCUUGAGAAAAUAUAGAGGGUCUGUGAACACAGGUUACAGCAAAAGCCGAUUUUGAUACUGAAAUUUAAUUCUACCAAUGUACUUUUUCUCUCUCCCAUAGACAUACAGACACAUUAAGAAUUUUGUGUGGCAGGUGUUCCGCUCUUCUUGACAGUUCUAUUUCUCGCAGGUUAGUUCUGAUGGCCUGGCAAAAGCGAAUUGGUUUCGUAUGAUGCUUUCCAUUCCUCCAAGAAAACAAUUCACCAUUCUCCAGACAUUUACAGCCUGGUCUGCCUUCAUUGCUUACCUUUCCGUCGGUGCACUCAACGUGGUGUUCCCACAGAUCGUCAACUUUGCUCUGUUCAACAUGAAAUUAAGCGGGCGUGACUAUGAGUACGGGCGCUUGGUCUGUGCACUGCUAACUGUCAUCGGCUUCUUGUACAUCGUCUCAGCGAGGUCCUUCCCUUUGGUAACCGGCGACGGCACAAUUUUAGGAACCGUACCAGAAAGGCUGUUUUUCGUCCCGGCAGCUCUAUUUUGGUUUUAUUAUCAAUCACUGAUUCCAAUUACCAUGUUGGCAGCGUUCGUGUUUCUCGAUCCCGCGUUGGCCGUAGCAACGUACAUUAUUUGGGCAUGCAGCACCCCUGGGGCAUCCCUGAAAAGGUGUUUUGACGAGAUAGCUGGUUUGGUACAUCCCUUUCAGAACCCCUCGCAGAAAUGGUCCUCAACUAUGACGCAAGGAAUUGGUUACUUCCAGCUAGUGGUCUCACUCAUCCUGUUGGCGAAACCGGAAUUUGCACGCGACGCUCUCGGUCUAGACGCAUUUAAAGGCUAUGCCCAAGGAUUGAUCGCCGUUUAUUUUAUGUCCACAGCUGUGAUAGGCUGGCUUCAUGUCCUGGGAGGCGGUGAUGGUAACGAGUCCUUACCCAUUGGGGCAGUGGUUUAUCGUCUUGGUUGGACAAUGCCUAUAGUCUCCUUAAUGUACUGCUUUGACUGCAUCGAACGAGGUUUUGCAUUAGCACUGGUAGUGUCAGAUUUGAUGAGUGUUUUGUUUAUUUCGAUUCCACUUUGUAUAGAACUAUGUCAAAACUAA